UCAUCAUGUACAUUAGCUCUGUUUCUAUUCCAGAAAGUAGGCCGGAAAAGAAAUUAAUGGCCUCCACGGACGCAUCUGCUGUCUUCUCCUCUUUUGAUCUGCCUUCGUGUGUUGUUUUUUCUAGUCUGUAUAAACAGUCCAACAGACCAAGGCUCCAGAUCCUGGUGGCCUAACUAAAUAAACAAGGCCAGGCCCAAUUAUAAAAUAAACGGGCCGAUGGGCCUAGGCCAGUUCAUGGCGUAGUCAGUAGGGGAGCUAUAAAUGGCUAUUGCGGUAGCUUGAAGAGUGGUUACUUAUACAAUCUGAAAUUGAAACCCUAGUCGGAGCCGAUAGCAGCGUCAGACAGAUAAGCGCAAAGCCAUACAAUCUCAGAUAUUUUGGUUCAAUCAUGGCAGACGAAACUCAAAAUGAAGUGAAGGAUGAAGUGGCAGAACUUGCCCCUUUCGAUCCUACUAAGAAGAAGAAGAAGAAGAAGGUCGUAAUUCAGGACCCUGCAGAUGAUUCUGUGGAUAAGUUGGCUGAAAAAACCGAAAGCUUGUCAGUUUCUGAAGGGGUUGAAAAUACCUUCUCUGGUAUGAAAAAGAAGAAGAAGAAACCUGUAGAAACUGAUAUCUUAAAUGACGAUGGUGGGGAUGGCAAGGAAGAUUUGGAUGAUCAUAAUGGUGAGGAUGAAGAAGGAGAAGGCAUUGUCCUACAACCACGGUAUCCUUGGGAAGGAAGUGACCGAGACUACAAAUAUGAGGAGCUUCUUGGUAGGGUGUUUAACAUUCUUCGGGAGAAUAAUCCAGAGCUUGCUGGAGAUAGGAGGAGAACAGUUAUGAGGCCCCCACAAGUCCUUCGUGAAGGCACAAAGAAAACCGUUUUUGUGAACUUCAUGGAUCUGUGCAAGACGAUGCAUAGGCAGCCUGAUCAUGUCAUGGCCUUCUUGCUGGCUGAACUUGGGACAAGUGGAUCGCUUGAUGGACAGCAAAGAUUAGUUGUGAAGGGAAGAUUUGCACCAAAGAAUUUUGAAGGGAUCUUGCGAAGAUAUAUCAAUGAGUAUGUAAUAUGCCUUGGGUGCAAAAGUCCAGACACAAUUCUUUCAAAGGAGAAUCGUCUCUUCUUUCUCAGAUGCGAGCAGUGCGGCUCUGGGCGAUCAGUUGCUCCAAUCAAGGCUGGUUUUGUGGCUCGUGUUGGUCGGCGGAAUGCUGGAACAUGAUUUGGGCAGUUAUCCUUUUACCAUUUUUGGAGUUGAUGAGAAGACUUUUCAGACCCCUUCAUGUAUGAUUUUAUGUUUAGCACACACCUCUAUGGCUAUGGCAGCGGUUGAAGCCGAUUUUGACUGGAAGUUGAAUAUGCUAUAAAAUCCUUUUAGUCGUGGGGUAUAUGGAUAUGGAUGAUGUAGAAGGUGUGAAUGUUUACUUUGAGCAGGCUUUAUAUUUGCUUCGUUAUGAUCUGACACCCAUUUUACAUUGUGGAAUUCAUGGUGUGAGUGUGUGUGAGAAUUAUAUAUGUUAAUAAGUCCAUCGCCACAGUCGAAGCCAGUUCUUUUUCCGCUGCCUCAUCCUUGGAUCUAUUGGGUGUUGUUUGUGUUUAAUUAAAUUGGAGGCAGCCCUUUGGACUA